AUGGCAGAACUUCAACAAACACCACUAGAAAAUUCAGUUGCUACCUCUUCGAAAGCUGAGCAACCUUUAGUCGAACAACCCGUUUUGGUUAACCAACAUUCAUUAAUACAAGCUUUGACAUAUCUUCGGUCUGAGCUAGAAAAAGUACAAAAUGAAAAGAAUGACUUGGCAAAAGAACGUAUAACUUUGUUAGAACAGUUAGAAUUUGAAAGAAAUAAAAGUAAUAGUUCUAGAACUAGUGUAGACACCUCAAUAGACAUUCAAGAGGACUCUGCUAGUUUGCAGGAUAACAAUGACCAAGAAAAAGUUGUAGCUGAAUUAAGAUCGCAAAUUGAGCAGUUUGAGGAUGAGAAAAAAGGGUUAAUUGUUCAAGAGCAGGAGCUAUUGAAUUUAAAGGCUAAACUUGAGCAAGUACAGGAUGAAAAAAAACAGCUGGAAAUACAACAUCAGAGUUUGAUUGCAAAGCUGGCUAAUUUCAAGACUUCUAUUGCCGAUAAAUUGAAAACAGACAUG